AUGGCGAUAAAACGUAAAGAUUUUCAGAAGACGUCAUCAAUUAUACUCGAAUUUUUACUAAAACUACCUGAUGAAGAAACAAGCUCACGUUUACGUGAUACCCUUUUACAUGGUCUCCAUUUCUUGCAACAAUACUAUUUAAUAUUACAAAAACGCGAUAAAGAACAAAAACCAUUGCAAUGGACUAUAGAACGUGGUUUAAGUCCAUUAACACCAUUCCGAGAAGCACCCGAUAAAUUUGAAUGGCCAUGGAUCGAUGUUGAAUCAAAUAAAGUUAAACAAACAAUACCUAAACAUUCAUUAAAUAAUUUUGUUAAUUUAUCACCAAUUAUUGUAGCUGUACGAGAAGGUGAUUUACGGUAUGUUAAAGAAUUGUUAAAUUCUGAGCCUGAAUUGAUUGAUCGCGUUGACUCGUUUGGACGUGAUUUAUUAACUUAUGCCGUACAAUAUCAACAGAUACAUAUUUUGCGUUACUUAUUACUUGAAUGUAAACCAUCUGCAAAUAUCAACAUUCAAGCUAAUGACGGUUCAACAUGUUUACAUCGCGCAUGUUAUAGUGAUGACGGUCAACAAUGUAAUGUUGAUAUAGUACGACUUUUACUAGAAAACAAUGCUGAUGUCACUAGACAAGAUGUACACUUGAGAUCACCAUUACAUUGGGCUGUAUUAGCUGAAAACACUGAUUGCUUAAAAAUUUUAAUUGAAUACAAUGUUGAUAUACAUACAAGAGAUGCUGACGGAAUGACACCUGCUAUGUGGGCAUGUCACCUUGAUCGUUAUGAUCAUUUCAGAGAAUUAUCUCGUUAUAUGCAUGAUAUUAUGGAGAAAGAUGAUGAUGGACGAACAUGGAUUCAUCACAGUGUACGUAAAACUGAACCAUUGGAAUGCUUAAAAUCUUUAUUGUCGUCUGAAACAAUGCAAUUGCGUGAUAGUGAAGGUCGAACAUGUUUACAUGUUGCUGCUGAACAAGGUUCAGUUCAUGCAUGUCGAUUUAUUUUUGAAACGAAUGAACAACUUGAUAAUCCUUCUUAUGUACAUGAAGGUGAUAAAUAUCGACAAACACCACUUCAUUUAGCAACUAAAAAUGGUCAUGCACGUGUAUUAAAAGAGUUAUUAGAUCAUGGGGCUGAUCCACAUCUUACAGAUAUGCACGGUGUGUCACCAUUUGAUUAUGCACAAAAUCGUGGACUUUACUUUUGUCGAAGUGUUUUUGAAGUUUAUAUGCGUGAAAAACGUUCGAAUGGUUUCGAUAAUCAAUUGUCAACUACACGAAGUCUUAAUAACAACAGUACAAACAGAAAUAAUGGAUCCGAUGUAGCACCAACACCACCAGCUGAUGGACGUGCAAAAUUUAUACGUUCCAAUAAUCGUCGUUCUUUGACAGAAUCAUUACCACAGCCUAAUCGCUCAUCGCCAGCUCUAUCUGUUGAUGCAUUUUCUCGUCCAACCCUUUAUCCUAAUAGUUCAUCAGUUACAUCAAGUCGACCUGAUGAUGAUCAUCAUGGAGAUGAUGAUGAAAUGAAUCGGCAACGUUAUCGACCGCCGUCAUCUACAGCCAGUGUUUCAACAACUGGACCGCCUGUGAAACCACGGAAAAGUUCAACAACUCCAAAUAGUUCAUACAUUAAUAUGUCGAAGCCACAACAAAAUCAUCGUCAUUUCCAUCUUCCUCCUUCGCAUCAUCAUCAUGUUGUCGUUACAAAAGCUCAUUCCGAUGGUGAUGAAGAUGACGAACCUAAUAGUCUCGAAGGUCAUGGUGGUCAAAGUGAUUUUGAUGAUGAUGAUCAAUCGCCAAGGCCAUCAAGACCAGAUUCUCGUUUGUCAAUACGUAAUAGUGACAUUCGAAUGCAACAACAGCAACAACAACAAUCAAACGCCAAUCUUCGACGGCCACAUUAUAAACAAGUUAAAAAUGUAAAUCGGCAUUCGAUGUAUGAUGACUAUCGUUUUCUUGAUGAACAACAACAACAACAACAACAACAACAACAGCAGCAACAACAUUUAUCAUCACUUGUUAAGUCAAAGCAACAAAAUCGCACAGCGCUAAAUAAAGAUUUUCCAAUUCCAUCAACAAAUCGUAUUGGAUCAGGUAGCGGAAAUCAAUCAGCAACCAGUAGACUUAAAUCUGGAUCAAAAUCAAGUUCAAAUGAAUCGAUUCCUACACUUGACUUAACGGUUGCUGGUCAAAAAGUAUUUCGAACAAAACAACAACCUGAUGCAUUCCUUUCGAAUUCGUUACCAUCAGCGAGUACUAUGCGACCACCAAGUGGUCGUCUUAAACCGAUUAGUAGUGCAAAAUCGACAUCCUCGUAUACUGAUGAGCUGUCGUCAAUGUCAAACAAAGCAUUAGAGGAUGUAACUAACAACGUAAAACAAGCAUCACCAUUAAUACCCAAAACACAUCUUUAUAAAAAGAAACUUGCACCGCUAGUCAAUAGUAAUGACAUAAUGAACAAAAAAAAUUCAUAUCGGUCAUCGAUUGAUCAACAACCGUGUACAGUUGAUGAUGUACCCUCAGACAGGUCAGAAGAAACAAGUGGAGGGACGAGCACAGGAGGAGGAGGAGGAGGAGGAGGAGGAGGAGGGCGAGACAUCAGAUCAUCAAGCGGCAGUGACAAACGCUCAAAGCAUCAUUGA